AUGCCGCUUCCGCCUGCAGAGUACCUUCUCACCUCGCCCGCUCAACCCGGUCUGUUCGCCUUCGUGACCAUCGCCGGACAGGCUGCCAAGCUCCACCGCACUUCUGACGGUGACUACAUCGAAUGCGUCCUUGGCGAGCCAUUCCAGGUCACGUUCGUCGACAACCGCAUGACUUCGCCUGGCCAUUCGUACGAGGUGACGCUCUGGACGGAUGGCGUUUACGCUAACCGCCGCGUCGUGAGGAGCAACGACCCGCUCUUCCAGACUCCGCUCGGCGAUUCGAGCCGCGUAUUCCUCUUCAACGGGCAGAUCGAGUCGGCGACUACCGUCCGCCAGCUCGUCUUCCGAGCGGUCAAGACCCUCGACGACGACGGCCAGUGCACCGACCAGAACCUCGCGAAGGAAGUUGGCCGGAUCGAGCUUUGCUACAUCCGCGUCCGCAACCUCCAGAAUAUCGGAUGGAUCGAGCCGUCCUUGCGCAAGUUGACGAGGCGUGUUUGGGCGGAGGAGGCCAAACCCGCCGGCAGCUGCUCGACCGAACCCGGCAAAGUCCUCGCGGUCGGCCCUCAACGCUACAACGGCUACGACCGGAUCGACCCCGAAGACAGCCCUUUCUUCUCGCUCGCCGUCCGCUACGAGACACGUGAGAUGCUCGAGCUUCUUGGCGUCAUCCGCGCGGACAAGCAGGAGGACGAUGAGCUCGUCGUACUCAAGUGGACAACCCUCGACUCGACGAACGCACUCGGAGGGCGGGGCGGGGCGAAGGCGGGAAAGAGGAAAGGAAAAGCGGCGAAGGAGGCGAAGUCGGUCAGGUUUGCCGCCAUUACGGUCGACUCGGACGACGACGCAGACGGAAGUGAGGAUGUCAUCGUCCUCAGCUGA